AUGACUGGGAGGGGUCUCAUCACAGCUCUGAGCUGUGUAAGAAGGGCUUCAACAACGGCCAAGCCCGCGGCUGCUGCUGCAGCCCGCUCCCCUCGGCACCCUCGCAACCCGCGGCCGUCGCGGCAAGGGAAGCCAGCGUAUCAGGCGAAUAAGCAGCAUCCGAAGCCUCGGUCGAAUAGCGAGAACCCAUCCCCUCGUCAACCAUUAGACAUACCAACUCGGCUUAAAGUCCUCUUUUCCCGCCCCUCCACCUCCACAGCUCCUGCAACGUACAAUGUUUCCACCCUCAUCCUCACCAUCGGUCCGGUAUUCGCGGCGGAUCGCCACCUGCUCGAUCCCUUCCUCUAUGACAUAGCUACAUCCCUGUCACCGGACAAGGGCAAGGCGAGCUCUCGAGAUGCUGCCGGCGCGGAACUCAUUACCGAUAUCCUGGCUUAUUGCUGGGUGCGGUCAAACCAAAUCAAGCCCAGCCCCUUUACCGUCCAUCAGAUGUCGGAAUUCGCACUUCGGUACGCUCGGCGCCUCGUUGGUCUCGCACUGGAAGGCCGGGACGCCCAGCAUCUCAUGGACCACCUCAUGACGAACCUGCGUCUAUACAAGGAGGCGAACUUCAUACUAUCGCCCGCGAUGUUCGCUGCCUGGGCGGUGCUGCGGCAGGAUCUGGAUCAAAAGGAGACGCCUAUCCAAUUCAUUCCGCCAAAGAAGGAGGAAGUGUUCAAGGCACUCAAUUCGGUCCUCGGAAUCCGGGAUGCAGAGUUUGAGCACUACACAGGCUCGGUGGAAGAGCUGCUGAAGGCGAACUCGGGGUGUGUGGAGGACAUACCUCACAGCCCGGAGCAAUUGGAUGUUAUGCUGGGCGCCAUGCGGAUAGGUCAGAUGACCAAGGAGGCGGUGGCUUUAUGGGGGAAAUACAAGGAGUCGAUGAAGGCGGAGAAGCGGGGAGAGCAUCCCGUGCCGGACGUCGACAAAGCCAAGGACGCUCGAGUGCGCAGUCUCACCAGCUUCCUUCGGUUCUUCUCGCGGUCACCGGCUCUUCGGCGGCUACCCACGGAGGAGCAGGAGCUUCUGCAAUAUCGCAACGAGGUGUUGUCAUACAUCCCUCGGCCAUACCCGGCGGCAAUACAUCAUGUCCUCCUCGUUCAUCGCGCUCGGAUGGACGAGGAAGGACGGGAUUUCAGAGUCGUGCAGAGUCUGGACGACGAGGUGGUGGAUGAGAUCAGGGAUAAGGAGCGCGCUACGGAGGAUCUGGAGGCGGUAUGGAAGAUGGCAGGUGAGGAGGGAGCGAGGGAUCUCAAGAGCUACAUGCUGUACAUGGAGGGUCUCACAAAGGUGGGGGAUGCGAUCAAGCUCGGACGGGCAUGGGAGGAGCUGGUCCGGGAUCAGGCGUGUAAGGAGGCUUUUCACCUCGAGGAGGGCAAGGACAAGUCAUUUCCACCCACUCGCGCUCUGAAUCACAUGAUCUCGUGCGCCUUCCUGAUACCGUACGAGGGCACUCAGAUCGCUCUAGACCUAUUCGAGCAGGUCAUCCGCCCCGACUCUGCCAUUUCCUGCGACAUCGUCACCAUCAACAUCGUCCUUCGGCAUCAUGCCCGCCGGGCCGUCGUCCCAUCCAUGCUCGCCCUCCUCCCCCUUGCUCAGCAACACGGCCUGACCCCUGACGUCGCCACCUACACUGUUCUCCUCCAGGGUCUGCUCCGCGCCGGCGAGCUCAGGAUGGCAAUCAAAACCCUCGAAACAAUGUACGCUCAAGGUAUACCGCCUAACGAGCGUACCAUCUCUCUUCUCAUCUCGGACCUGGCGAAGAAUGGCGAUCGCAAGGGGCUGCGAGCUGCUGAGGAGCUCAUGCGGGAGAUGCGGGUGCUUCAGAUGAAGGUUGGCGAAGUCCCAUGGACAUCCCUGAUCAGCGGGUACUUUCGGGGCGGGUGGGAUGUGGAGGCAUGGGAGGCUAUUCGGCGGAUGGACGAUGCGGGAGUGCCGCUCAACCGCGUCGGACACAAUAUGGUUCUUCGGGAGCUGGGCGAGAGGGUACAUUCGUCGAUCCCUUUCCGGGCUCGCCCACCCGUUGUCCGGCCGCCGGUCGAGCCAACUGAGCGAAGUUUGCUCAUCCGGUGGUUCCGCCGGAUGGUCAAGACCGUCACGCCCAAUAGCGAUACCUAUCUCAUCGUGCUCACGCCUCUGGUCAGGGCGCAGCGGUGGGCGGAGGCGGAUGAGGUCGUGGCGGAGAUGAAGACGAGGGGGUUCGUAGCGGAAAAGGCGGCGCUGAGGGCGAUCUUGAAUAGGGUGAAGUUGAGGAAGAAGGAGUGGAAUUAG